GGCGCCGGAGCCGCGGGGUCUCAGUGCGCGGGAUGGGGCUGUGCCCGCACGGCCCCGGACAGGCUCCCUCCUCUCCGCGUGCCCGAGUGCAGCAUCCAGCGCAUGAAGACAAAACACCGGAAUUAAGCCGUGCUGCAAAGACAGAUCAGGUUUCAGAGGAUGCACUUGUGCAGAUGAAGAGUGAAGCGGCCAGCCCAGAGAUGAAGCACUGUGCCCUGUGACAUUUAUUUCUGCUGUUUUUACCACUGGAGGAUGGCUGCCAGGCUCUGUGAAAAUGGCUCUGGUCAGUACCAGCGCACCCACACCAGCCAACGUCUUGAAAUCAGCUACAUGCUGGUCCUGAUUAUGCUUGGAAAAGUCUUCCUUGAUUUCUUCAUGUUGCAAAUUAAGGCAAAACCUGUGAAAGUCAGUUUUAUGGGAUACUUCUGCGUUUCAGUGGCACUUCUCGAUUUCACACUGCUGCUGAGCCUGUGUUUCAUUUUCUGUUUUGAGGACUUUGCACUGUGGGGCGUGCGGUUCACGGAGUACCACAUCUGCCUCCUCACCCAGAUCUGCUCCCUGACCUACGGCCUUGUGCCCUUCCCAGUGUACCUGCUGGCUGCUCUGGAUUAUUACAGCACCGUCUCCCACACAUCCCAGCUCCCUACAAGAGCUCGGAAGUUGCUUUAUGGAUUUGCCGUGGUGGUUAUAUGGAUUGCUGGGUUUUUUUGCACUCUCCACAUUCCUGCUGUCUCUGAAGAGCUGGAGAUGCAGAACAGUGUUUCCCCUUCCCAGUGCCCUGUCUCUGGCAGCUGGCAGAGCUCCUCGGUGUCGUGGGCCAUGGUGCUGCUGCUGGGCACGGCUCUCCUGGCUCGCUGGAAGGAGGUGACAACCAUGCUGCUGUCUGCCAGGCUGCUCUCCUUGUCCAGCCAGCCCGUGCUCAUGUUCCCCUACAUGCACAACAACAACAGCACUUGCUGUAAGUGGCAGCUCCUGAGCAGGCUCCUCCUGUGUUUCCUUGGCACUUGGGCACCGUUUGUGGCUCUGCAGGUGGUGGUUGUGCUCCUGGGUGUGCAGAUCCCAGCCUACGUGGAGAUGAACGUGCCCUGGCUGUGCUUCAUCAACAGCUUCCUCCUGGCAGCAGCCUACUGGUGCCGGUGCCACCAUGUGGAGCUGACAGAGGAGGGCUGGAGCACAGACCCCUUUGUCAGCUGGAAAUUCUGCUUUAUGCCGUUCAACAAUGAAAGCACAAAGGCAGCUGAUAAGCCAGGCACAGUGAUUGUCAUCUGUUAACGAUGCUGGAAGGGCUGCAAAGAGGCAGAACUCUGCUGUUGGGUGGCCAGGUCCUUACAGACAACACAAGGAAACAUCUCCAGAGCUUCACUCCACCCAGUGUCCAGCAAUACUCCAGUGAAUAUUGCACUGCAAGCACUGCCAGGCCAGGGAAUUCAACUUCAAAUUACAUGUUUAAAAAAACACUGUUUAUACAGGACAAGUUUUCAGUCAUUUUUCUGACUACAAUUCUGCACUUCCUUUAAACGGAAUUAUCUCAGGUUCUACAGUACAAAAUGCAAUCACGUCUUGAAGGCUGGAGUUACAUACAGAUGCUGACCUAAGGUACAAAUGACUUUUUGAAGGGUAUUUUGUUGUUAAAAUGUGGAUUUUUGUCAGCUGGAUGGAAGGUAAGGGUUGCUGUCUGUUUAACAAGAAAUAACUUGUUUUAGUUAAAGUUAUGACUCCUACAGGAAUAGAAAUUUUUACAGUACAAAACCAGUGCAAGAUGUGCAACUUCCACAGCCUCAGAAGAGGUGCUGUUUCAUUGUUUCUUUGCUGCUGCUCCUCUAAGAUACAUUAACAUAUUAAUAAUUAAAUAAUUAAAGCAACAAGCAUCAAGGUUAGCUGCUAUACAUAACUGCAUGCCCAAGGGUAAAGAAUGUUUCAAAUUAAAAUAUACCUUAUUUUGAAGCAAAAAUUACUUUAAAAUAGUUAAAUAUGAAGUGGGACUACUUCAGCAGGGAAAGCAUUAGGCUUCUAGAAAAAAUACUCUCAAUUUUCAAAUUCUUAGAGUUUUACAAUGGACUUGAUUUGAUUUUGGAUAAGAUAAAUAAAUGAUACACAACCAAAGCAGACAAAUGAAAUUAGCAUUUAUUUCUGAAGCACUAAACUCACAAUACAAUGUUGUAUUGAAAGAGAAACUAAGUAAAUGAUGCUGUAGGUUGGUUAACUGUCCCCCAGACCCCAGGGAACAAUGGUUUCACACAAGAAUACUCAUUAAGAAAACUCUGCAGAUAACAAAAGGUGCAAUUACAAGCAAGUUUAAGCAGCAUAGUAUAAGGUGCUUUGUUUCAGCAUUUGUAGGAUGGAUUCACCCAUUAACAGACAGAUUGAAGAAAUGUCACUUUUACAGAUCAUAAAUGAGAGAAUCUAAAAUUCAUUCACAUGCUAGUUGGUAAUAGGAAAGUGCUUCUUAAAAAAUGAUUCACAAAGUGAAGAUCAUACUUUUACAUAGCUCAUUUGUGCUCUUCAAUUGUAAAAUUUAAAUUUUGGGUAAUAAUUUAUUUUAUUAUAUAUCAAUAAUAGAGAUAGAUUUAAUUGCAGAAUUUAAUGCUACAUGGGUUAAAUUUUCUUAUAAAAGAAUAUUCCAGUAUUUCACUCCAUAAGAAUACACAAUAACAUCUUGAUCAUAAAUUAAUCUUUGAUUUCUGAAACAUACCAAAUCUGAUUAUUUUGAUUUAUUAUUUCACCCCACAUAGUGCUUCUUUCACCCACAAGCUGUGGUAAAUUUCUUUGAGAUUUCUGUGAUGUAAUCAAAUGGAGACAAGCAUUUUUCAGCAGUAGAAAAUGGUUUUGGGGGAAAUCCUGGUUAAAAGGCCAUCAAAAGGACAGUAAAUGAUCAAAAACUGAAUUUUAAAACUAGUGCAAUAAGAGGAGGCAAUGCUUAGCAAUACAGUUUGAAGUGUUUGGCACCACAAAUGAUUUCAUUUUUUAUGCUGGAAAAUGUACUUGGAGGAAAUUCUAUUUCCAUGUUAAAAGUAGGAAAACACAUGCAAUGUUACCUGGAAAAACAGCCCUAAGCAGUCUCUCCCUGCUCCCUCAAACUGUAAUUGCUGUUAGUUAGUGCUGGAGAUGCUACAGGAUAAACCAUGGCUAAACACAGGGUUUGACACAGCAUUUCUUCAGGUUUUAUAGAAACUGGACACCCACUGAAAUGGGGCUGACACAAUAUUUACAAAACCCAAUUCCAUUUAAAAAUCAGCAAAUACAUCAGCUAUAGGAAUGCACCAGGCAUUUCAGAAUCAUGAAAUAACUAAUUCCUACAGACUCAGCAGGCAGGGGGAAAUUCCUCUUUUAAAGUUCGUUCAACACCAGAUGAAGGAAAAGCUCUUUUCAAGUUCAUUUCAGGUGUGUUUUGCAUGGUAAGUCUCACCCUUCUGGAUCCCUAACAUGCACAGAACUGGAACUGCAACCAGUUGGGUGAGGCUGCUGACAUGUUUUAUUUAUCAGUGUGGUUCAGCUUCCCAAGGCCUAAUUAAAGUUUACACAACCCCAUCUGCCCUAACGUGCCAGAAUUCCUGCAGCUGCUCAGUGCUCCUCAAGCCACUCGAAGUUUUCAACAUUUUUUACAGGGAACCCACAACAUGCAGCCAAAGCAAAUAUUAAUGGAUUGAUGUUACUAGCUGUAAUACUUGUCAAAUUUAUUCUUUCUUACUUUUUGUGGAAAAGUGCCAAAGAGCAUCAACUUUUAGGCUGUCACCUCCAUUGAGGAGGCAACAGUGGCACUGCAGGUCUCCAGCAACAUCCAGCCAUGGUGCCUGAGCCUGCCAAGGGACUGUUUUAAAACAGAUUUAUGGUAACUCUGUUUGCCAGCCCACUUUUAUCCCUGGCAUUCAUGGAGGGAGACACCAGCUGUGCAGUGAUCUCCAUCCUACUGCCUUCCCAGCAAUUGUGUCUUUUCCUCUGCAUUUUUUUAAACCUGGUGCUUCUGGGCAGUUCCAACACUGGUGCCUGAACCAUCCCUCUCUAGAACAGGGUGACAGUUUCACUGCCAGAGAGGACAGAAGCGGUGCCAGGAACAUGGAAAUAUCUGAAAUAAAAGAACUACAGAUAACCACUGCUACAUCUCCUCUGUACAUCACUUCUUGUGCUGUGCCAGCAUCUAAUGGCUUUACACCAUUCAAAUACCUUACAGUAUGGAUAUUAAUGCUAACAGCAGCUAAAGUGUUAACCUUUAUGGCAGACUUCUGUACUUUUCUCAUUUAAAGAAUCUCUUACAAGUCAACAUUGAUUUUAAUGAGAUAUUCUAUGUGUUUUCAACUCUGAACAGAGUAUUUGGCACUCAAUGCUAAAACCCUUCAUCUUUACACACAUCAGUACUGGCUUGUGCAUUCUAUAACACAAAGACUACUUGGAAAGGACGUUGGGUGUGCAGAAUCCCUCAUUGUUCUUUCCAAAAUUGAAUUUGCAGAAGUUGCCAGAGGAUGGAAGCAUGCAGGCUGGGUAGUGGAGGACACUACAAGCCCUCCACAGGCUGCCCAGGCUUCACUCACAAAGCAGAUCUACCUCACAAAUCAAAGACAUUUGUGCUUCAAGCCUAAUCCCAUAAUCAGCAGAGAUACCCUGAUUAUUACCCAGCAACACCACAAGCCUGGCAACAACCCCCUGUACCCAAGCAGUGCUUCAUAAACACAAUUAAAUGCUCCUUCAGUGUUAUGUAUUGCACUUGAACAGAGUUUAUCAUCACAAUUCUACAAAUGCACAACUGUGCUCAAGUUACAAUGACUUCUAGAUGGAAAAAAAAAUCCUUUAAAAUCUUGUUUUUCUAGCUCCUUACUCUACAGAGUUAUUUGGAUAAUUUAACAGGAAUACUUGCUGGAAAUGUAAAAAAAAUUAACUUGAAAUCUGUUCAUUACACUGGCUCCCAGAACUGUGCUUCAGAAAAGUUAAAUCCAUGGCUACAAAAGCUGGACUAUGAGCUUACUCCAUAUACCUGCAAUUACCAGCACAUUCAUAUCUCUGAACUUUGCUUUUUCCCUUCCAUUUUGCUGUAAGAGAUUAGAAAAUACUAUGCAACCUUCAAGUGAAUGAGCAGGUGUGUGUUUUAAUGCAGGGGUUACACAAACAUGCACAGCAGCUUGGGAUGGAGCACAAGUGAAGUGCUGACCUUGAGAGCCAGGGGUAAGGCAGGACACAAAACUCCCCAGCCCCAGAGCUGACACCCAGGAGAGCAAAAUGCCACUUUCAGAAGUGGGGAAGGAAAUGUCAGAUUUCCCAGGAGAUGAAGAUGGUAAAAACAAACCAGGCUGAUUCUCAUGGAUUAGGAACUGUGUGCUCACUGCCUUGGUGCUCAGUCUGGGUCCCAGGCCCUGACUCCAUCAGCUCAGGCCAGGGACAGCUUCCUGAAAAACCCACACAGCUGCACUGGAGCAUCACUACUGGCUCUUUUUCAAUUGUCACCAUUUGCAAAGCCAUCCAGGUUUGUAACUACACAGAACCUUUCAGGUCUAAAUAACCUCUCAUGACUAAAGGCAAAUUUUUUUAAAAUUAAUUUAAUUUAGGCUCAUCUUAAAUGAACUAAGCAUUAAAUGAAUUUAAAAUUUCUUUCUCCUUACAGCAUUUCCUGUCUGAAACUACAGCUCGCUAUGCAAGAGUGACUUGAAAAUUAAUUCACUAUGAGCAAUUAACACCUUACACUGAAGUUAUUCCUUGAUAGCUCUGCUCAUACCUGUUCAACUCAGCAUUGAAUAGGAACAGGGUAUUUAAAACAAAAUACUAAAAUAUUAGCUUCUCUCCAUCUCUAAUAAACUAAUUCAGGUGCAUAUUAAAAAACUACCCUAGACUGAUUGUUUUGCACAGUCAUUAUCUGCAGCCUAGAACAAUCAAUGAGGAAAUCCCUGGUUAAUGAUGACAAAUAUAUUUCUAAGGAUAUGCUAACAGGACAUCUCUAUACAAUACUGGUGAGAAAAUAACCCUGCAAGCUUUUAUACAUGCUGAGAUUUAAUAUGAGCAGUCUCAGCACAAUCAGAACUACUCAUGUUACAAAUUAUGGGGAUGUCUAAUUAUUUGCAAAACCAGGACUCAACACAGCUGUCACUGAAUGCUUUGAUCACUCAGAGCUGUAGAUUUGUCACUGUGUAAGAAAUCUGUGGAGCUCUUGAGGUGGAAGUUUCUGCAUGGAUAUUGUGGUAUUAGAAUGAGAACAUCCAUCUGGAACUGGCAUCAGUUGUAGCUGCCAUGCCAGGCAGUGACACAGCACACCCAGCCCAGUCUCACACUGAACUUCCAUUCCAAUUACACUUCAGUGGUUUUGUACCUGAAUAUUUCCUUCCACUUCAAGAUACAGAAAUGAUGCAAAAGCUAUGACAGAUCUGCCCAAACAGUUGGUUUCACCCUUUAAUCCUUUCCUGUUCCUGCCACGUUUGCAGUCACAAAGGAAUUCAAUCUGUUCUAUCCAAAAGGCUGGAUUCCUUUUUGGACAGGUGGAAGUCAGGGGGUAAAUACCUGCUUUCACAGGAAAAAUAUGAGGAAAUGGAUGCUUGCAGGACUCAAAUCUUGUAUUUGAAAUGUCUCAUUGACAAAAAUCUAGCAAAGGCAUCACCCUCCAUCAAGACCUCCAUUUCUGGAAAAUAAAAUGAUGGGUUAACGGGUAAAGAAUGGAUUUAUAAUGCAGCCUGUUUAAAACCCCUUCAGACACUCCCUGGUGAGCCAAAACUGGCACUUUGAGUCAGUGGAGGCAGCCAAGCCUCCUCAGGGGAGUGCCCUGCUCCUGCUGCAAAGCAGGGAUGCUGAUACAAGCCAGAUGGAUCAGGGAGGCUGCACACCCCUUCUGAUCAUUCUUUAAAACCCUAAACAAACCCUGAAGCUGAGACAAGUGUCACAGUUCUGUUCUAUCAGAUGAAAUCUUGACAGACACCUUCAGCCCAGUGCCCUGCAAAAGGGCCUUGCCCUGAGCUAAUGCUGCAGUUUGCAUUAAGGGUAGGAUGGAGAGAGGUGGAGAAAAAGGAAGGGAAAAAGCCAUGGAAUGUAUCUCCCUUCUGACCUAUUCCUACAGAAGCUGAAAUACUGCAAACAUUACUCUGAGGGGUAGCCUGCAACACCACAAGUCUGAAUACAGAAAGCAAAAUCCCAGGAAAUAAAGAGAAUAAGAAAGAUUUCUUGUAGACAUAUCCUGUGGGAACAAGUGUUAAAAUACACUUCAAUCUUUAAUACUUCUUCUUUUGCAAGAGGGUACAGGGUACUAACAUGUGAGAAAGCCGUGGGAAAUGGCAGUAUAAGCCUGGGAAAACCUCACCUAUCUGAACAGCAAAUGGCCAAUACAUGUAAUGGUUCUGGAGGACUCUAAGUAUUAUAUUGCUUUUUGGAGAAAAUUCAUAAGCUUCCCAAGUAGACUUCAGCUGCACUUGGAAAAUUUUCAGCCUACUUUCACACACAAGUGUGAUUUAAAAAAAAAAUAUUUUAUUGACACAGCUACAUUGGCAAACACUCCUGUACAAGUGCACUUCUAUCAGGAGAGGAUGGUAUAGCUAUGUCUGCUUUUAAGUUCCAGUUAAUUGCCAAAAUCACUGAAGAAGAAAAAAAACUUUCAAUAUGCAUAAGGCCCACACUCUAAGCUGUUGCACUUAUGAAUAUUUGAAGCAUAACUCAUUAUCUGUGGCUCUCCCAAACCCACAGGGAAUGUUACAUACCAGAUGAACAGGAGCAGAUGUGCCUUACUGGGGUCUGCUCUGGGCUCCUGGCACCUGGCAGUGAUUCUGGCUGAGCUGGACACAAACACUAGCUGCAGAAGCUCUCCUGAAAGCUGUCUAAUAAAGCAAAAUUAAAGCAGCCAUGAAAUUCUCAUGCAUGUAACACUGAUUAACUACAGGUCUAAACAAGACCCCUAAGUCCACAUUUUCUAGUACACUUUAAGCCAUUAUCAAACCACAUUUAUGUAUCCCUACUUUUUACAUUGCCUAAGAACAGUACAAUCAGAAGACAGAUUAAAAAUUAGCCAGUGAGAUUUCUGUAUAAAAAUAAUAAAACUUUAAGACAAAAGCCAAAGGAUAAAUAUCUAAGAUAUCUUUAGUCUUCAGUUAGCUCAUCAAAACAGAACAUAUCCUUUAGAACAUAUGUUACAGAUAUGCUACACUGUGUAUCUUACAGAAAUGCUACAAAUGGGAACCCACUGUCUCCAUCAUUUGAAUGUCUUUCAAAUGAACAUUAGCAAACAUUGGAACUUCAACUAAGAAGUUUAUUUUACAACAGUAACCGAAAAUAGAAAAAAAUAAAAACAAAUUAGAAAGUGCUUAGCAACUUCCCUCCAAAAUAAACCCAGGCAUCAAUUCAUCCUCUAAAGCUUUGGUGCCAUUUGGGUAGGGGUUCUCACCACAAACCAGCGUGCAACUGCAAAGUGUUGUCCUAACUUGCAGCUUCAGUGGUUACUAAAAACAUUAAUAACAUCUGCUAUUAGCAAGCUCAAACAGCUGUAAUUAAGAACAAUGAUUCUAAUGUUGAUCUCCAGAAGUUAUGGUAGAAAAUCUGUUAGUGGAAACAAAGCAAUAGUCUAAUUAAAGGAAAAUGAAGCACA